ACUCCCAAUUUACACCAAUAGGUUUGAUUGUAACAUUGAUGGUGCCCUACGACCAAAUAGACCCUGAUUCAGCUCUGGUUGAAAUGUUUGCACAAAAUGGAGCCCCCAAUUUAAAAAUGAUUGUCGCCUUUGGAGCGCUUGCAGGACUUUUAGUGUCAAUGCUGGGCUCAAUGGUAUUAGACUUAAAUAGUGGUAUAGACUUACUGGUCAGUAUGGAUAAUGUAUAUGAAUUGCCUACAGUUCCCAAUGCCAAGAGUGGUGUAUGCGAUGGCAAAGGAUGGUCUGCCUGUCCCACACCUGUCAAAGAAGUUGCGCCACAAGUCGCGCCGUCUGCGCCCCAAUUCACACCAUUCAUCACUAAUAAAGAGCAACGAAUUCAUACGAAACGAACGAAUCGAUGCGAUUCCUCUGAAAGUGACGAAACCGAUCCAAACUGUUUCAGACAAGAGAGCAAAGACGAUGAGUUCUUAGUGCCAGGAAAUGCUGGCUUUCAUUAUGGAUCCGUUCCGUACCAACACGGGGGCAGUAGUGGCAGAAGGUCUGGAAUUCUCGACAAAUAUGAGAAACUAUUUAUGUAUUUAUUUCCGUACGGAUGGAAAGUUCACGGACCAGCUUCUGAAGAGACAGGUCUUCAUGUGGUCAAACUGGUGGGCGUACUCUUUAUACUCACUAUCAUAUUCGAUGUUAUUAUGGCUUAUUAUAUCAAUUAUCUCGAUUGGAGCAACAAUCGUCUUAUUGUCUUAUUCUUCGGAGGAAUUUUCGUAGCUAUUGUUGGCUGUAUUCUAGCCAUUUCCAGACAGCCACAGAUCAGGUGCGAUUUGAAAUUUAAAGCCCCGGGAGUGCCGUUCGUGCCUGCGAUUGCCAUAAUCAUUAACAUAUAUCUAAUAUUAAGGCUUUCGAUCUUGACUUUAGUCCGGUUUACCGUUUGGAUGAUCGCCGGACUUGCGAUGUAUUUCUGUUAUGGAAUCAAAAACAGUUCUUUGGAAGCGAUGGCAAACACAGAGAGCAAAGACACUCAACAAAUAGAGUUAACUAUUCCUCAAAACAGAGUUAAACCGUCUUUGCGGCCAACAAGCGAUGCAAUGAACAGACCCAAUGGUUUUGCGAGUACUUUCUCGUCGUCUACUGCCGUUUCAGAUGAUUGGCAUACCGUCUCAGAUGAUUGGCAUACAUUUGACUAACAAAUACUUCCAUUCCUAUCGAUCAUUGUCUUAAUCUACUAAUCGUUUGAAUAAAUGGCUUUUCGCUGUAAUGCUUGUCAUUCACCCAAUACUGAGGACAGGCUGUGAUAUUCAGUGUUUUCUUUUGAUGUGAUAUUCAAUAUUAAUAUCAAUAUAUUAUAUCAUAACUUAUAAUCACAUAAAAUAAGUUACAUUAUAUUACAUUAUAAUAAAUAUAUAUAACUUUAUUUAAAACAACGAAUUUUUUAAAACAAAUUCUCUUCCCUUUCGACUCUAUCGUCAAACAAAUGUUCAAUAAUUCAGACAUUUAUCACAUAAUUGUUUGUCAAUUAAAUACCUGUAUUAUCGAAAUAUCAAUUUCUAAUUCAUUAUUACCGA